GUGAAACAACAAUUCUUAUACCUUUGGAGAGUGAAAAUCCAGAGUUGAAGAAUUUAAAAUUACAGUACCAAAAUAUACGGAAAAACUUAGAAGAUAAUAAUAUUGAAGAAUUUUAUCAAGCUAAUGACAUAUUAUCAGAUGAGAAUUACAUGAACAUUAUUCGAGCUGGAAUAAAUCGACCGCGAGUAUUUAUCAAAAGGCAACCUUCUGAAAAAUGGCAUAAUUGUUUCAAUCCUUUUAUUCUUAAUGUGGUUGGGUCCAAUAUGUAUUUUCAAUUCAUCACUGAAGAAUAUUCAUGCGCCCAGUAUGUCGUUGAUUACAUCAAUAAGACGAAUAGAGGAAUUAGUGACUUACAACAGAAACUCGUUGAUAUAAUGAAUGAGUAUCCAGACUUUGACAUUAUUUCUGCAACUAAAAAACUCAGCGUCAACAUACUCAAUAGUGUCGAAAUGUCAAGUCAAGAAGCUGCGUGGUUUUUAUUACGAGAACCUAUGUCCAAAGCGUCGGUAGCUGUUGAUUAUAUACCCACUUAUUGGCCACAACACCGAGAGCGAAUCAGAAAAACUCUAAAGGAACUAGCACAACUUGAUGAUGAUGACAUACACAUUAGGAAGGAGAAUUGGUUUGACAAGUACGAAAAAAGACCCGUUCAACUUGAUCACGUCACUUUAGCCCAGUUUGUUUCUCGGUAUAAUGUUACUGCUAAAGGCAUUGUAAAACUCCGGAAGUUUCCAAAAAUUAAAAGAUAUCGAAAUUAUGACAUGGGGAAAGAAUUAUCGGAAUAUAAAAGAGAAAUGGUUACUCUACACAUUCCAUUUAGUAUUGAAGAAACUGAUAUUCUGGCAGACAUGAAAUUUUUACGUAUUUUUGAAGAAAAUAAGCCGUCAUAAUGGAAAGGAGAAAAGAAUUCGAAUCUAAUUUAGACAUUGCUAAAACUAUGGAAAUUUGCUCUCGGUUAUGUCGGGAAGAAAUUGAGCUCAAUGAUUCACAGGAUCAUCGGAAUCAAGUUUAUGUCGAGGAAGAUCCGUACCAACUUCUUCUUCAAGAUCCUCAUUCAAGGAUUAAUGAUGACGUGGUAUCAGCGACGAUGAAUAAGCUCGGUGCGAUAUGGAAAAAGAAAGAAAAUUUGAUGGAGACUCGAGACUUUCUUGAAUUGAUGAGAAAAACAAACGCGAAGCAGUACGAGUUAGCACAACAUGUUAUAUGUUUGUUAACUUCUCCCAAUCCCGUCCCGUUACAGCUUUUGUUAACUGGUCCUGCUGGAUGUGGAAAAACAUUCCUAAUAAAACUUAUCAUGGAAAUCUGUAAUCGGUUCACUGAUACGGAUGGUUAUUGCAAUGCUUAUCUUGCAUGUGCAUCUACAGAGGAAUCUCUUUUUAUGAAUUGAAUGAAGUCAUACGACAUGAAAAUGCUGAAUUCUCAUCACUGUUGACAAACGUCGGUAAUGGAGAUCAAUUAAAUACACAACAGUUUGAUAUGAUUGAGUCAAGGUUCUGUUCAGAGGCAGAAGCAGAAGAACGCUGUCCUAGUGGAAUCCGGUUAUUUAAUGACAACCACUCAGUUGACGCUUAUAAUUUAAAAAUGUUGAGUUCAUCUGAUGAAAUGACCAAUUCAAUUGCUGAUGACGAAAUAAUUGGAUGUAAUGGAAAUCACGAAAAAGAAAGAGCUGCUAAAAACAGGCUUCAUAAGCUUGCUACAAUCGACACAGGAGAAUUGCCCUACGAAAUUAUUUUCGUUGUAGAUAAGCCAUAUAUGAUAACAACCAACAUCGACGUGGCUGAUGGCUUAGCCAAUGGAGCGGUUGGUAAACUUUCGUAUGUUGAGUUGGAUCCUCAAAAUAAAGUACUGCGAGUUUGGCUUCUUUUUCCAAAAGGUGUUGGUGUUAAAGCUCGCGGGAAAGUCGCUGGUUAUGCAAACUCAAAAAGAAUCAGUAGAGAAUUUGUUCCUCUCAACCGUAGAUCUGCAACAGUGCCUCUGAACCGAAAUAAAUCGAUUCAUGCUAAAAGAAAUCAUUUCCCACUCAAACCAGCUUGCGCGUUGACCAUUCACAAGUCACAAGGAGGAACAUUUGAUGAAAUUGUGUACAAAUACCACAAGACACAUUCGCAAUCUUUGGUCUACGUAGCCUUAUCCAGGGUCACGUCUCAAGAAGGCCUUCACAUUGUUCCUACUGACAACAUUCAACGUUUCUAUCAUGGUAGACGAAGCAACGCAUCAAUGGCCCUUUUACGCCAAGAAUUUAUGAGGCUUUCCACUGCUCAACUCACAACAGUUGAUCAGGUUAUACUUGAUAAAAUAAAUGAUAGAAACAUGAUUCUCUUCUCACUCAAUUGCCAAAGUCUCCAAGCACAUGCACGUGAUCUCCGUGGUAACGUUGUACAAAAAGCAGAUAUUUUAAUAUUAUCAGAAACAUGACUUCGCAACGAGGAAUCCGUUGAAAUUGAAAAUUUCAGAUGUAUAUCCCAAUAUCGACGACCUGACAUUAAUCGAGGAGGCGGGGUCAGCAUUUAUCAAAAUCUUAAUGAUUCACACCAUGUGCUUACUGGCAGUAAUGAUACUUUCUUAAGAAAUAGUAUGCACCAGGGAUGUAACGGAAGCAGUGUUAUCGGAACCGAAGCCGGAAUCGGAGUUUUUAAAUUUGCUUUAUCGGAAUCGGAACCGGAGUCGGAAUCGGAAUCGGAAGCAGGGUGACAUGAGAGAGAAUUAUUAUUUAAGGACAAAUAAAACAUUAUGUAGUAUUUUUUUUUUAUUUUAAGUUUCAGUUGUAACAUAAAAGUUUUAUGUUUUAUGAUAAAACAUAAAAAAUGAAUAAAAUUGGCAUAUAAACAACAAGUUUAAAUAGAAUGAAUUUAAACCCGAAGUAGCAUAUACU